AUGGAAUUUCAUCAGCUUUCGCUUCGUCAUCAUUCUCAUCUAUUUUAUCAUUGUCAUCGUUUAGAUCUGUAUUAUCAAAUAAUAAUAAUUUAAUAUUAGCUACUGAAUCAGCAUGUCCAUCAAAUCCUGGAAUUGUAUGUAGUCAUGAUUAUAUAUUAGUGGAUGAUCGUAUAUCUAAUGUUUAUGACGGUACAAUAUACCAAUAA